AUGCGGGUCCGACUACCACCCUCGGUCAUAUCCCAGAUCGAAUCUCAUUUACGACCAGAAUACCAACCUGUCUUCAAUCUCUCGACCAUCCUUCAGUAUCAGCAGGACCUACAAAGAUCUCUUCGACCACAUUCAAGUGCUCAUGAAAUGAAAAGUCCAUCUCGCUCCUUCACUAGUCCCUAUGGUCUUCGACCCUGCUCCGAAAAUCAACCAACUUCGCUCUCCCCGUCUUACCUUUUCCGAACCUCGCCUACUGCGCAUCUCAGUACAGCACAUCAAUACCUUUCAUCCCAGCCAUUUGACCCAACAUCAUCCACAUCCCUUCUAAGUCGCCAAAUGACAUACUCAAAAUUGAUUUCUGCAUUUGUAGAUCAUCCAAAAGGUUUGGAAGCGAUAAUAUCUCUGGUUGAUCGAUCAUUAUCCGAAACAGUCCCUUUAUCAAUACCUACCUUAACAUCAAUAUUAAAGUGUAGUUUAUCAACCGAAGAUGUGGCAUCGAGAAUAUCAGUCAUCAACAAGGUCCUACCGAUAUUACCUGAACGAUUGGAUAUACCACUGUUGGAUGUAUUAUUGAGAGCUGUUAUAAAGGAUAUUAACCCUGAAAUUGGUGUGAUUGGAAAGAUGAUCAACGACUGUUUAUCCUUAGAAUUUAGCCAAGGUACUGAUACUGGUAUUGGUAAAUUGGAAAAGGAAAGAUGGCCAUUGGAAAUUUGGGAUCUACUAUUCACAUCCCACUUCCAACGAUCAGAUAUAAAGCAAUCUUUAGAACUUUUAACAGAGUUUAGACAAAUCGUACUUCAAAAACUAUCAUCAACACCUUCCUCUUCCUCAUCCACAAUAACUGCUGCAGAGAUGUUAGAUGAGAAGGAUCGAAUGGCGAUCUGUAAAGUAUACACUACAGUUCUCAACACUUGGAGAAGAUCGAUCGAAAUAUACAAGAUCCAAUCGACAUUUCCUAAAAACUUAGCUAUGGAUCUCACAAAUCUGAUGGGGGAAGGAUUUAAACCCAGUAUGGGAUUUUUGAACAGCUGGAUGAAAGCUGAACGUCAAACUGGGGAUAUAAAUGCUUCAAGAAGAGUAUGGGACUUGAUCGAAUCCAAGGUGCUAGAAGAUGAAUUACCAAAUAACGAUUCUUGGAUUGCCCUCUUUCAACUUUAUUCCACUCCGGAUAAAUCCUCCUCUGUAAAAACCUUACCGCCAAUGAGAACUUCCAUUAAGAGGUUAUUCAACCAAGUCAAACAAUAUCCAAAAUUAACUUUGAUCAAUGCUCUCACAAUCAACACGAUCUUAAAAUCAACAUUAUCUUCCGACCUGCCAUUAAGUUUAUACGUGUUGCGACAGAUGAGGAAAUGGGGUAUAUUACCUGAUAGGAGGACGGUCGAUCUGGUAUCAUCUGAAAUGAUGAAAAUGAUUUUGCGAUUACCUCUAUCUGAUCAAGUUAAAUUAGGUGUAGAUCAUUCGAUGCUUCGAAACGACUUAUCGUCGAUGAGAAGUAAAAGAACGAGAAUGGGAUUGAAAUUAUUCGAAUGGGAUGUGAUCACCGAGGCGAUCCAUAAUAUACGUCGUGGAGCAAAAUCACAAAAUCCAAAGGGGAAGGAAAUGGAAGUGAUUUGGCUACCGCUAUCAAUGCCUAUUGGCAGGAUACGUCAAGAUUCCACUUCCAAUUUUAACGACAAUGAUCAGGUGGUGAUUACUUCUAUUAGUACGAGUGAGGAAAAUCUAGAAAAGCGGAGUUUACCUGAGAUGGUCUUAGAUCCUUUGAUGAUCCUAUUGGAAAGGUUGAUUAUCCUACUUAACGGUAAAUCAUCGUUCAUAGCUGGUGAUACGGAUAACAAUGGAAAGAUGGAGGUGGAUGACGAAGAGAUAUUGAAGGAGCCGAUGGCUAAAAUACAUGCCGAAAUGAGCUUGAAAAGGUAA